AUGAAACUUGACUUCAAUCGAAACCUCCUCGGGAGGCACAAAGGCACUGUGGAUUUCAUUGUUGGUUACGCCUCAGCCGUGUUUCAAGAUUGUGGCAUCUACGUUCGUCGACUCUCACCUCCUAAUGUGAUCACCGCUAACGAUGGGAAACCCGAUCCAACAUCUACCAAUUUUGGAUUUUCAUUCCAAAAUUGCACAAUCGACGUUGCACCGGAACUUAGGUCACGUAAAAAGGAAGUGAAGGCUUUACUAGGGCAGCCAUGGAAACAUUAUGCCACAGUAGUGUUCAUGGAAUCAUAUUUGGAUGAAAUCGUGCUACCGGAGGAAUGGACAUUAUGUUGUAAGAACACGAUUAUGAUGUUCGCGGAGUACAAUAACCGAGGCCCUGGGGCAAAUACUAAUAGAAGGGCAAAAUUGCCAAGUUAUAAGGUCUUCAAAAGUGCAGCUGAAGUUACCUCUUUUACAGUGUCUAAUUAG